AUGUACGCCCAAGGCACUCCCACUAAAGUCGUUCUCCCUACACACAGCGUACACAGCGCUCAACCCAGCGGUAAAGUCGACGAAAAUCGACAAGUUCUUCGACAAGAAAUGUGGCGAAAAUUCAUCACGGUUCCCUCGAGCGACUUCUUGGAGAGAUUCCUCCCACGUCCUGUUGGUCUGACCCCUGGAAAUUAUGCCGGCGCAUUCAACAAGAUGCCUCGGGAAGGCGAUCGUGAAGAAUCGCUGUAUGAACCAUUUUGCAAGUGUCUAGUGGCUCUGUGUCCAGGUUAUAAGUGCGUAUCGACAGCGAAUGCACCUGAUAGGGACGAGAAAUUCAAACAGAAGGUGGAUGCCGCACUGUUCCUCGAGGAAGAAGCUCCGACGGACGGGAGACAGCACUGGGCGCAGCAGCGGAUUUCUUUUGAAUUCAAGAGAUAUUCUGGUAGGGAUGACCCGUUUGAUGAAGAGAAAGAGGGUUACGAGCACGAUACGUCGUAUGGGGACCGAACCCGAGGCCAAGCCAUUGCGUACGCCGCUGAAAUAUUCGCUCGCCAGUUUCGGACGUUCUGUUUCACAGUCCUCAUUCUUGGGAAUUGUGCUCGCAUUGUGCGCUGGGACAGAUCUGGUGCUGCGUUUACGGAGAAGUUCAACUACAAGCGGAAUCCAGAGAUUCUCGGCGAAUUUUUAUGGCGUUUCUCGCACCAUCAAGCCAAAGAGCAAGGGUACGAUGAAUCUGCGACUUUGGUCACAGAAGGAUCGGAAGACCACGUUCUGAUGAAGCAAUACGCAGAGACGAAACUGGAGUUUGGAGAUUACAUUCGGGAAUACUUUAAGACCUCGUUCGACGCCGGGUGGCCUUUGUGGAGGUUAAAGGUUGACGAUGAGUCGUCCCCGGAAGGAGACCACGGCAAUGACCCUGGCAAAUCGCAUGUGGGCACCAGUGCGCGUACGGCAUCUGGAGUUUCUACUGUGCCGCGUUCCACAUACUAUCUCGUUGGCAAGCCACACUUCCUCGCUAACGGUAUGGUGGGUCGGGGCACCCGUGGGUACGUCGCCCUCGAUUGCCAGACUCGCAAGUUCGUUUUUCUCAAAGACGCGUGGAGGGUCGAUCACGUCGACAUCGAGAAGGAAGGCGAUGUGCUACGGAAACUUAACGACGCGAGUGUCAAGAACGUCCCCACCCUUGUUUGCCACGGCGACGUGCUCGACCAACAGACUUUGACGCAAGCCGUUUGGGAAGAAGUUAAUGGGCCGACACCAGCGGCAAGACGUCCGUUGAAGAAGCAUACUCAUUAUCGCCUUGUGGUUAAAGAAGUUGGUUAUCCUCUUGCUGAGUUCAAGGAAGGUUUUGAGCUCGUCAAGGUUGUAUAUGACUGCCUGAUAGCUCAUCAACAAGCGUAUGAAAAGCUUCAUCUUCUUCAUAGGGAUAUCAGCGUAGGAAAUAUCUUGAUGAUGGAACAGGAAGGCGAGGAGGUCCGAGUUGGAUAUCUGUGUGACUGGGAGCUGUCCAAAUUAGUUUCCGGAGGGAAUGUGCUUCAGGCAGCGAGACAGCCCGAUCGUACGGGUACCUGGCAAUUCAUGUCUGCGCUGUCACUGCGAAACCCGUACAAGCCCAGCACGCUCCAAGAUGAUCUCGAGUCAUUCUUUCACCUUCUCUUGUACAUGGCCAUUCGAUUCUUGCCCCAUACCAUUUCGGACGUGGGGUCUUUCAUAUACCACUACUUCGAUGCCUCGAAGUCGCAUCAAGGACAAUUCUACGUCUGUGGAGACAAGAAGUGGUCUACAAUGAAAAAUGGGGACCUCUCAGAUGAUGGCGAACCUAUUGAAUUCGGAAUCAGCUCGACCUAUCCGUUGAAUUCUCUCCUGGGAACAUUACUGGGAUACUUCAAAGGAUACUACGCCGUAGUUGCGCAGGAUCUGCCAUAUCUAUUGCAGCGCCCUAAAGUAGGCCCUGCGAGCAGCAAUAUCAUUACUGCCAAUUUGAAACGUAGGCCGACUUAUCUCCCUCCAACUUUUCAGAAUGAAGUCGCCUCCAUGAAUGCCACCAAGGUUACUCAGGCUAUCGAAGUACAGAUGAAAGAGAAUCGGGAGAUGGCGCAGCAAUUAAACAGCCAUAAGAGAAUCUGUGGCCACUUCGAAGAAAUCAUUCGAUCGGACUCCUGGUUAGAACUGGACAAGACGACGGAUAACUUACCAAAGAAGUACAAUCUCGUUAAAGAGACGGAAGGAGUCCGUGAUUCAACCAAUCGGACCUCGCUAGGGAACGUUGACGUGCAUGGGCUGAGCACGAAGAUGAUGUCGUUGUCCCUGAAUUGUACACCAAAGAUGCUGCCAGUCGCGAGUGACGCCCAGGAACGGGUUUGCCCACCCCUACUUCCCCAGAAACCCCGCAGCGUGGCCCACUCGAAUCCAACAGAAUCCUUUCAUACAGACCCCCACUUAUCCGUAUUGUCGCUCGACAUGUUCGGACCUACGGAAUCAGAUCCAGUGGCUCAGCCUCCUACUCCCCCUCAAGACCAUGUUUCGCAUUCCACGAAUGCGAAGAAUGCACAGUCGUCGCCAUUUUGGAAGCGCACAUGGAGUUGCACUGUUCAAUGA